UUAUGAGCUUCGCAGGCUCGGGGUGGGAGAUCACUUACAUCCACCGGCGCUUCUUCCACAUGCGGAGUGGUGCGGAGAGAGGAGGGGAGUACUGCGGCAGCUGGUGUCGUAGCGGAGGGAGACAAAAUACUGAGAACCUGGGCUGUGCGGUUCCGUAGUUUUGCCGGCUUCACUGCGAGUAUCACAGAUCAGCAAAAGAAGUCUGCAUCCUCGCUGGAUGUAUUGCCUAUGAUUAUAAGAUUUAACCUCCAGCGACUGACAUCUCUCGAGCGCUUCAUCAUCUAAAAGGAACCGGCAGACUACGGCAGCAUGGGGUACGGGCGGUCAGACAGCUACCGUGUGGCCACCACGCAGGACAAAGAUGACAAAGACUCCCCUAAGAAGAAGAAGGGAAAGGAUCUCGAUGACCUGAAGAAGGAAGUUCCGUUGACGGAACACAAGAUGUCUGUGGAAGAAGUCUGCCGCAAGUUUAACACCGACAUCGUCCAGGGCCUGACCAAUGCCAAGGCAGCAGAAUACCUGAUUCGCGAUGGGCCCAACGCUCUUACCCCACCCCCCACCACCCCCGAAUGGGUCAAGUUCUGUCGCCAGCUGUUUGGGGGCUUUUCCAUCCUGCUGUGGCUCGGCGCCAUCCUCUGCUUCCUGGCCUAUGCCAUCCAGGCAGCCACAGAGGACGAGCCAGCUGGAGACAACUUGUAUCUGGGAAUCGUGCUGUCUGCUGUCGUCAUCAUCACCGGCUGCUUCUCCUACUUUCAAGAGGCCAAGAGCUCUAAAAUCAUGGAAUCCUUCAAGAGCAUGGUGCCCCAGCAAGCCCUGGUGAUCCGGGAGGGCGAGAAGAUGCAGAUCAAUGCAGAGGAGGUGGUGGCUGGAGACCUGGUGGAGGUGAAAGGUGGGGACAGGAUCCCCGCUGACCUGCGCAUUACUUCGUCUCAUGGCUGCAAGGUGGACAACUCCUCUCUGACUGGCGAAUCAGAACCCCAGACUCGGUCACCUGACUGCACGCAUGACAACCCCCUGGAGACCCGUAAUAUCGCUUUUUUCUCCACCAACUGUGUGGAAGGAACAGCACGCGGCAUCGUGGUCUGCACUGGUGACCGCACGGUCAUGGGCAGGAUCGCUACGCUGACCUCAGGCCUGGAGACGGGCAAGACCCCCAUUGCCAAAGAGAUCGAGCACUUCAUCCACCUGAUCACAGGUGUAGCUGUCUUCCUUGGCAUCAGCUUCUUCAUCUUGUCCAUUGUGCUCGGCUACACCUGGCUGGAGGCCGUCAUCUUCCUCAUCGGGAUCAUCGUGGCCAACGUGCCUGAGGGACUCCUGGCCACGGUUACUGUGUGUCUGACCCUCACUGCUAAGAGAAUGGCCAAAAAGAACUGCCUAGUGAAGAACCUGGAGGCUGUAGAGACCCUGGGAUCCACCUCCACCAUCUGCUCAGACAAGACUGGAACCCUGACCCAGAACCGCAUGACUGUGGCCCACAUGUGGUUUGACAACCAGAUCCAUGAGGCUGACACCACCGAGGACCAGUCUGGUGCCUCCUUCGACAAGAGCUCCAUCACAUGGGUGGCACUGGCGCGUGUGGCAGCUCUCUGCAACCGGGCUGUGUUCAAAGCUGGCCAGGAACCCCUGCCCAUUCUGAAGCGGGAUGUAGCCGGUGACGCCUCCGAGUCUGCCCUGCUCAAGUGCAUCGAGCUCUCCUGUGGCUCCGUCAAGGCCAUGAGGGAAAAGUACAAGAAGGUGGCUGAGAUCCCCUUCAAUUCCACUAAUAAGUACCAGCUCUCCGUACAUGAAAAUGAUGACCCCAACGAUAACCGCUACCUGCUGGUGAUGAAGGGUGCCCCCGAACGUAUCCUGGACCGGUGCUCCAACAUUAUGCUGCAGGGCAAGGAACAGCCCAUGGACGAGGAGUUGAAGGAGGCCUUCCAGAAUGCCUACCUGGAGCUGGGUGGUCUUGGUGAGAGGGUGCUAGGUUUCUGCCACCUGCUUAUGCCAGAGGACAAGUAUCCCAAGGGCUUCGCUUUUGACACUGAUGAUGUCAACUUCCAGACAGACAACCUGUGCUUUCUCGGUCUCAUGUCCAUGAUCGAUCCACCCCGAGCUGCUGUCCCCGAUGCUGUGGGCAAGUGCCGGUCUGCUGGCAUCAAAGUCAUCAUGGUCACAGGCGACCACCCCAUCACCGCCAAAGCGAUUGCUAAGGGUGUGGGCAUCAUCUCCGAGGGUAAUGAGACUGUGGAGGACAUCGCUGCCAGGCUCAACAUCCCCGUCAGCCAAGUCAACCCAAGGGAUGCAAAGGCCUGUGUGAUCCAUGGAACAGAUUUGAAGGACUUGUCCCAGGAACAAAUGGAUGAGGUGCUGAGAAACCACACUGAGAUAGUCUUUGCCAGGACUUCCCCGCAACAGAAACUCAUCAUUGUAGAAGGCUGUCAGAGACAGGGUGCCAUUGUGGCCGUGACAGGAGAUGGAGUGAACGACUCUCCUGCCCUGAAGAAAGCUGACAUUGGUGUGGCCAUGGGAAUCUCUGGCUCUGACGUCUCCAAACAAGCUGCUGACAUGAUCUUGUUAGAUGACAACUUUGCAUCCAUCGUGACUGGUGUGGAGGAAGGUCGCCUGAUCUUCGACAAUCUGAAGAAGUCCAUCGCUUACACUUUGACCAGCAACAUCCCUGAGAUCACGCCUUUCCUCCUGUUCAUCAUUGUCAGCAUUCCUCUGCCCUUGGGCACCAUCACCAUCUUGUGUAUCGAUCUGGGCACUGACAUGGUGCCGGCCAUCUCCCUGGCCUAUGAAGCCGCUGAGAGCGACAUCAUGAAGAGGCAGCCCAGGAACCCCAGAAUGGACAAGCUGGUGAAUGAGAGGUUGAUCAGCAUCGCCUACGGCCAGAUCGGUAUGAUCCAGGCACUGGCAGGCUUCUUCAGCUACUUUGUCAUUUUGGCGGAAAACGGCUUCCUGCCCUCGAUGCUGGUGGGGAUACGUCUCAAGUGGGAUGACCGCUCCGUAAAUGACCUGGAGGACAGCUACGGCCAGCAGUGGACCUAUGAGCAGAGGAAGAUCGUGGAGUUCACCUGUCACACUGCCUUCUUCGUCAGUAUUGUAGUUGUACAGUGGGCUGAUCUUAUCAUCUGCAAGACUAGACGCAACUCUGUGUUCCAGCAGGGUAUGAAGAAUAAAAUCCUGAUCUUUGGACUGUUUGAGGAGACGGCCCUGGCUGCCUUCUUGUCCUACUGCCCGGGCAUGGACGUGGCACUCAGGAUGUAUCCAUUGAAGCCCAGCUGGUGGUUCUGUGCAUUCCCCUAUAGUUUCCUCAUCUUUAUAUAUGAUGAGAUCCGAAAACUGCUCAUACGCAGAAACCCAGGAGGUUGGGUGGAAAAGGAAACAUACUAUUGAUUGAUGAGAUCCUUCUUAACCCCCCUGCCCCCCCACCCCAAUUACAUUUCUUUGUCCAGCUGCAACCCAAGUUAUUCGACUCCCCUCAUUGCAAGCUCCCCAUUGGGAAAAAAAACAGGACACAGGCAGAUGUCCCGAAUACCACCCCCCCCCCCAUGGCUAACCCCCGAUUCCUUGCUUGAAUCAGAGGAGAGAGGACCGGUGACAGAAAGAGCUGAUUCCUCCUCUGUCCGUUUACGCCCAAAGACUACAUCGACACACCUUCUGUAAGGACUGUUGUGGUGUUGAUACACACACCUGUUCCAAUCAUUGUUUUUAUGUCAGCACACUGCUGUGAACACCAACUGAUAUAUCAUUACAGACGGCAGCUGCGUGUCGGUCAUGUUGCGAGUGAGCCGUGAUGUAAUUUUUUUUCCAGUGACCCCUUCUGACCCCGCCCACCUUCCUCAUCAUGUCCAAUCCUCUGCCUCUCUCUCUUGUUCCUGACCCGCCCCCAUCGACAUGCCAACCACCAGUCACAGGAUUGGCCCUUCUCUGACACCUGUCCACCUGCUAGCCCUCCUCCACUGUAGGGGGAGCUGAAUUAGGCUCCUCCCAUCUCAUAUCUCUGCCAUUUCACCCCUCCUGAUUCAGCCAUAGUGAGGUUGUUUUUUUUAACAGAGAGCUGAAUGAUUUUAAUAUGUAUUAUCUUAAUGGGGAGGGGUGUUUGAGAGCGGCUUUCUUCAUAUAGACAUUGACAAAGCACACCCCCCCCUUGCUCUCCUUCUCUCUUUCCCUCCUCACCCCCCCUCCAUCCCUGUCUGUUUUGUGUGCACUGUGUGAACCAUUGUCCUCGUUAACUUCUUCCUCCCCCUGUUGAAAAUAAAAUCAAUCUUUCUGUGUGUUCUAGGAAAUGAAAAACUUCUCUAAUUUAAAGGUAAAAAGACAAGUGACAACAUUAAGAAACAAAAAAUUCAUAAAAAUAAAAAAGGAUCUUUCUUUGGUCUAUUUGGUUGCAAUAUAUUUUUUGCUGGGUAUCAGAGAGCCACCACAAAGAAUGCUAAAAAAGAAAUGAAUAAAUAAACCUAUAAUAUUGUUACUAUUACUACUGCUGAUAUUGGUGAUGACAGCGAUGACGACGAUGACAGUGAUCCAAUCCAGACCACUGAAGCCAGGGCCGCACCGUUAAUGCCGUGUGUAUCUGAGUGAGACAUGGAAGGUAUGGAUGACAACAGCAUAAAGAUGCCAGAAGUAAAUGAAAUCAACACCAAUAAAACAUUUAGAACAUUUAAUACAA